ACCUCUCAACCUCCCACUCUCCCUCCCACUCUGCCCUCCCACGUCCAUUCGAAUUCGCCUCUUACGCCUCCAACCUCAUCUUGAGGCGAUGUAGCCAUGGCUAUUUCGUGGAGGGCAUUCGACUUCUUCGACGUCAGUCAGAUCAGACUCGCCGACGAAGAGACGCGUCUUUUCGAGAGCAACGAAAUCUCCACCGUCUGUUCCGGAUCCGAUAGCCUCUUCCUCGCCACCUACGACGGAUACGUCCGCAUCAUCGGCGCGAGCUGGAAGGUCGUCCAGAGCUUCCCCGCCCACGAUGCUGCCAUUACACACAUGCGACAGGUGGAGGGGACGAGCUUGCUGGUGACUAUUGCUGAGGAUUUGACCAGCGAGCCCAUCUUGAAGGUAUGGGCGUUGGAUAAACUCGACAAGAAGACGAACCUGCCGACCUGUUUAAGCACACUCACCAUCAACAAUGGAAAGAAGAAUUUUCCGAUCUCUGCCGUCUCCGCCCUCGACGACCUCUCCCAAGUCGCUGUUGGGUUCGCCAACGGCACCGUCACCCUCAUCCGCGGCGACCUCAUCAACGACCUCGGCUCGAAGCAGCGCAUCAUGCACGAGUCCGAGGAGCCCGUCACCGGCGUCGAGCUCCUAGCAGACCCCAACUCGUCCUCCACCACCCUCUUCGUUUCCACCACCUCCCGCAUCCUGAAGAUGACCAUUUCCCGGAAAGGUCAGGGUUCCCCGCCCAAGACGGUCGAGGACGCCGGCUGCGACGUCGGCUGCAUCGCCCUCGACAAGGCCACCGCCGAGAUUGUCGUGGUCCGCGACGACGCCAUCUACACCUACACCGCCGACGGCCGGGGCCCGCCCAAAGCCUACGAGUCUCCGAAGAAGCUCGUCUCCGUCUUCCACGAAUACGUCGCCCUCGUUUGCCCCCCUUCUUUUUCCACUUCCGACAGGGACAGGCAAGCGGAUCCCGUUCGACGCCGGUUCGGGGAGGUGGCCGAUGCCUUCCACAACGCCUCCACUUUCGUCCUGCUCGAGCCGGACCUGCGCGUCAUCGGCCAUACCGAAUCCCUCAUCUCGCCUCUGAAAGCCAUGUUCCAGAUCUGGGGGGACCUGUUCGUCUUGACUCAGGAUGGCAAGAUCCACCGCUACCACGAGAGAACCCUGCAACAAAGGCUGGAACUACUAUACCAGCGGAACAUGUUCCCUCUGGCCAUCGACCUGGCCCAGAAGUCCGGAAUGGACCUUAAGCAGCAGACGGCCAUUUUCCGUCGUUUCGGCGAUCAUCUUUACCAAAAGGGCGACCACGACGGCGCCAUGGUUCAAUAUAUCAAGGCCAUCGAUACUACAGAGCCGUCACAAGUCAUUCGCAAAUUCCUCGACACGCAAAGGAUACACAACUUGAUCCAGUAUCUCGAGCAGUUGCACGACCACCGCAAAGCCACCGCCGAUCACACCACGCUGCUUCUCAACUGCUACGCCAAGCUCAAGGACACGGAGAAGCUCGAGCGCUUCAUCAAGUCGCCUGGCGACCUGAAGUUCGACCUUGAGACGGCUAUUUCCAUGUGUCGCCAGGGCGGCUACUACGAGCAGGCCGCCUACCUAGCGAAGCAACACGGAGAGACCGACUUGGUCGUUGACAUUUUGAUCGAGGACUCCAAGCGCUAUGACGACGCCCUGGAUUUCAUCUGGCAACAGGAGCCCGAAGUGGCCUACCCCUGUCUGAAGAAAUACGCAAGAGUGCUCAUCGAGCACUGCCCAAAAGAAGCAACACGGCUGUUCAUCGACUACUAUACGGGAAAGUAUCGGCCCAAGCUCCAGUUGAUUCCGACAGAAGACGACAACGGCAACCCCGCCAGCGGAGGCGUCAUGGCCGGCGCUACCAGUGCCAUGCAAAACCUCACCAAUCUCCUCCCCCUUCCCUACAUGAACGCCGCAUCCUUCUCCGCUACACCAGCUACGCCGGGCGCGAACGCGAACGCGAACGACACGAAACCGCCCAACGGUGAGGCGGCGCCCGUCGUCGUCAACCCCGACGAUCUCCCCAUCCUGCAGUAUUCCGCACCACCACCUCGGACGGCGUUUUCGUCCUUCAUCGAUCACCCAGACGAGUUUGUCGUCUUCCUAGAAGCGUGCUUGCAGGAGAAGGAUCUGAAAGAAUCAGACAAGACGGAUCUAUACACGACAUUAUUCGAAAUGUACCUGCACAAGUCCAACGAGAAGAAGGGGGAGCAGCACCGGGAGGAGUGGGAGAACAAGGCGAAGAAGCUGAUCGAGGGCCAGGAGAUCCCCAUGGAGAGUUCCAACGUGUUGCUCCUGUCUCACCUCUCGGAUUUCCAGGACGGCACCCGGCUGGUCAAGGAACAGUCCGGCCUCCUGUUCGACAUUUUCCGGUCCUAUACGUCGGCCAAGGACACGCGGGGCGCCAUCAAGGCGCUGCGCAAGUACGGACCCGAAGAGCCGCAGCUCUACCCGGCCGCGUUGGCCUACCUCGCCUCCGACCCGCGCGUCCUGGAAGAGGCGGGCGCCGACGAGCUGGCGGCCGUGCUCGCCAAGAUUGACAAGGACGGGCUGAUGGCGCCGUUGCAGGUCAUACAGAUCCUGGUCGGCCAGGCGGGCAGUGACAGUAACAGUAACAACAGCAAUGCUGGCGGGGGGGUGGCCAGCAUGGGCAUGAUCAAGCCGUACCUGCGCGAGGUGAUCGAGCGGGAGAGGCAGGAGAUCGCGGCGAACGGGCGGCGCAUCGCGGCGUUCCGGGCCGAGACGGAACAGAAGCGGGCGGAACUCGCCGAGAUGGGGACCAAGCCGGCCGUGUUCCAGGCUACGCGGUGUGCGGACUGCGGGCAGGCGCUCGACCUCCCGGCCGUGCACUUUCUUUGCAGGCACAGCUUCCACCAGCGGUGCCUGCGAGGUGGUGGAGGCGGAGGCGGAGGCGGUGGCGGAGGCGGUGGGACUGGGAAUGCGAACGAGCCUGGGUGUCCCCUCUGUGCCAAGGACAACGCGACGAUCCGGGCGCUGCGGGCGACGCAGAUGGAGACGGCGGGGAAGCAUGAGCUGUUCAAGGCGGAGUUGGAACGGAGUGAGGACCCGUUUGCGACGGUGGCGGAUUGGUUUGGACGGGGUGUCGUGGGGGCGCCUAAUGCCGAGCCGGGGUCUUGAGGGGGGCGGAUCUAUGCCCUCGCUGUCACUGCCUCCUUAUGUCGUCUGUCUUGCAUCCUGGUGUAUGAUAAUGCGGGCAGCAUGAGUUGUUGGGAGAUUUGGUGAGCACUGGCGGCGUAUUCCAGGGAUUUGCAAGAAAUCUGCCUUUUUUCCUUUUUUUUAUCUUUUUUUUUAUCAUCAAGCUUGACAGAGCAAUCAGCAUCUGUUUUAUUUUGGGGGGUCUUUUGAAACGCCUUAUAAGGAAAUUUGACACAUUGAUGUAUUCCCCCCCCCCCUGGGGUUCCUCUUCUUCGGACUGCAAAACAACUAUAUACGAGAGAGAACCAAUUCAAGAAAAAGCGACAACACCGCUAUGAAGAGGGAGCCGGUGGCUGUUGCACCGGAAGAGCUUGUCCUUGGGCCUUGGGCAGCGGCGGCAGCAGACUGCUCGAAACGUGGCGGGCAUGCUGGGCGAGGAGGGCAU